AUGUCCAAGGUAACGGCGCCGGGGCCCGGGCCGCCGCCAGUGGCGGCGGCGGGCGGCAAGGAGAAGCGCUCCUUCAGCAAGCGGCUGUUCCGGAGCGGCCGCGCGAGCGGCGGCGGCCCGCCGCCCCCCGCCUCGCCCGCGCCGCCCGCCUCCGCCGCCGAGCCGGUGCCCGGGGUGGCGGGGCUCCGGAACCACGGCAACACGUGCUUCAUGAACGCCACGCUGCAGUGUCUCAGCAACACCGAGCUCUUCGCCGAGUACUUGGCCCUCGGCCAGUACCGGGCGGGGCGACCCGAGCCCUCGCCCGACCCUGAGCAGCCUGUGGGCCGCGGCACGCAGGGCCAGGGCGAGGUCACCGAGCAGCUGGCGCACCUGGUGCGGGCCCUCUGGACCCUGGAGUACACCCCGCAGCACAGCCGCGACUUCAAGAGUAUUGUGUCAAAGAACGCACUGCAAUAUCGGGGAAAUUCCCAGCAUGAUGCCCAGGAGUUUCUGCUGUGGCUUCUGGACCGAGUUCAUGAAGACCUCAAUCAUGCUGUGAAGCAGAGCGGCCAGCCUCCUCUGAAGCCACCGUCAGAGACUGAUAUGAUGCCUGAGGGACCAUCUUUUCCUGUCUGUAGCACUUUUGUACAAGAACUUUUUCAAGCCCAGUACAGAUCUUCUUUGACAUGUCCUCACUGUCAGAAGCAGAGCAACACUUUUGACCCUUUCCUCUGCAUUUCUUUGCCAAUUCCUCUACCCCACACAAGGCCUCUCUAUGUUACCGUAGUGUAUCAGGGGAAAUGUUCUCACUGCAUGAGGAUUGGUGUGGCCGUGCCUCUGUCUGGGACUGUCGCCAGGCUUCGGGAAGCAGUGUCUAUGGAAACAAAGAUCCCCACUGAUCAGAUUGUGUUAACGGAAAUGUACUAUGAUGGGUUCCAUCGUUCCUUUUGUGACACUGACGACCUGGAAACAGUCCAUGAAAGCGACUGCAUUUUUGCCUUUGAGACUCCAGAAAUAUUUAGGCCUGAAGGAAUUCUCAGUCAAAGAGGAAUCCACUUAAACAAUAAUCUAAACCACUUGAAAUUUGGCUUGGAUCAUCAUCGACUGUCUUCUCCUACACAAACUGCAGCAAAGCAAGGGAAAACAGACUUGCCCCCAGCAAGAGCUGGAAACGACAAGAUUGUUCUAUUAGUGUGUAACCGAGCCUGCACUGGGCAGCAAGGGAAAAGAUUUGGACUGCCUUUUGUGCUGCACUUAGAGAAGACAAUAGCGUGGGACCUUCUGCAGAAGGAAAUCUUGGAGAAGAUGAAGUAUUUCUUGAGGCCCACAGUUUGCAUCCAGGUGUGUCCAUUCAGUUUGCGUGUUGUCAGUGUUGUGGGGAUAACGUACUUGCUGCCCCAGGAGGAGCAGCCGCUGUGCCACCCAACAGUAGAAAGGGCAUUAAAAUCUUGUGGACCAGGUGGCACUGCUCAUGUGAAGUUAGUGGUAGAAUGGGACAAGGAAACAAAAGAUUUCUUGUUUGUAAAUACUGAAGAUGAAUAUAUUCCUGAUGCAGAAAGUGUCCGUCUGCAGAGGGAGCGUCAUCAUCAGCCUCAGACUUGCACUUUAUCCCAGUGUUUCCAGCUCUACACCAAAGAGGAGCGGCUUGCUCCAGAUGACGCCUGGCGCUGCCCGCACUGUAAGCAGCUGCAGCAGGGGAGCAUUACGUUAAGCCUCUGGACUCUGCCUGAUGUGCUUAUUAUACAUCUAAAGAGAUUUCGACAGGAAGGAGACAGGCGUGUGAAACUUCAGAACAUGGUCAAGUUUCCCUUGACCGGCCUGGACAUGACACCUCAUGUGGUUAAGAGAAGUCAGAGCAGCUGGAGUUUGCCAUCCCAUUGGUCUCCAUGGAGACGGCCCUAUGGACUCGGGAGGGACCCUGAGGACUACGUCUAUGACCUGUAUGCUGUGUGCAAUCAUCAUGGCACCAUGCAAGGGGGGCACUACACAGCGUACUGUAAGAACUCUGUGGAUGGCCUCUGGUACUGCUUCGAUGACAGUGAUGUGCAGCAGCUGUCGGAAGAUGAGGUCUGCACACAGAUGGCGUACAUCCUUUUCUACCAGAGGCGGACAGCCAUUCCAUCAUGGUCGGCCAAUAGCUCAGUGGCAGGCUCCACAAGUUCUUCCUUGUGUGAACACUGGGUGAGCCGGCUUCCGGGGAGCAAGCAAGCCAGCGUGACCUCCGCAGCUUCCUCCAGACGCACCUCUCUGGCCUCGUUGUCCGAGUCGGUGGAGAUGGCUGGGGAGAGGAGUGAAGACGAUGGAGGUUUCUCAACUCGACCAUUCGUGAGAAGUGUCCAGCGUCAGAGCUUGUCAUCCAGAUCUUCUGUCACCAGCCCCUUGGCCGUUAACGACAAUUGCAUUAGACCUUCUUGGUCCUUGUCCGCCAAGCUGCAGAUGCGCUCCAGUUCUCCCUCCCGGUUCUCAGGGGACUCUCCGAUCCACACCUCUGCCUCCACCUUGGAGAAGAUUGGGGAGGCACUGGACGACAAGGUCUCCAUCUCUUGCUUUGGCAGCUUGAGGAACCUUGCCAGCAGUUACCAGGAACCAAGUGAUAGUCACAGCCGACGUGAGCACAAGGCUGUGGGCCGGGCCCCUCUGGCUGUCAUGGAAGGUGUGUUCAGAGAUGAAUCAGACACCUGCAAAUUGAACUCCAGUGUUGUAGACACACAGAGCAAAAACUCAGCACAGGGGGAUCGUGUGCCCCCAAUCUCUGAUCCAUUUGAUAACAAUAACCAGAUUGCUUAUGUGGAUCAGAGCGAUUCUGUAGACAGCUCUCCAGUCAAAGAGGUGAAACCCACAAGCCACCCGGGCUCCCUCACAAAGAAAUCAGACAGCACAGCCAAGAGAUCCCCCAGCUCCAAAGGCACUUCUGAGCCAGAUAGAAGCUUGCGGAAGGGGAGACCAGUCUUGGCAAGCCAGGAAUCAUCUCUUUCAAGUACAUCCCCUUCUUCUCCUGUUCCUGUAAAAGUUUCUAUAAAGCCCUCCCGAUCCCGAAGCAAAGCAGAUUCUUCUUCCAGGGCCAGUGGACAGCAUUCCUCCCCUGCCUCUGGCCAGCCCAGAAAGGAGUCCUCCCCCAAACCCCAGGACUCCGUGUCAUCUCCUUCGCCCCAGAAGCAGAAAUCAUCUUCUUCCCUCACCUACACUGCUUCCUCCACAUCUGCCAAAAAAGCCUCGGGCCCUGCUGCAAGGGGUCCCUUCCCUCCUGGGAAGAGCAGGACUUCAGACCGGAGCUUGAGUAGAGAGGGCUCCAGGCAAAGCCUGGCUUCGGACAGAGCCAGCAUCACCUCCAGCUCUAAACCCAACUCCCCUCGGGUGAGCCAGGCCAGGUCGGGGGAGGGCCGAGGUGACGGAAAGCAUGUCAGGAGCUCCUCCAUGGCCAGCCUGCGUUCCCCCAACACAAACAUGAAGGCUGGUCUGAAGAGGGACAGCAAGUCGGAGGACAAGGGGCUGUCCUUCUUCAAGUCAGCCUUGAGACAGAAGGAAACCCGGCGGUCGACUGACCUUGGCAAAACAACCUUGCUCUCCAAGAAGGCCGGUGGGAGCUCUGUCAAGUUGGCUGGUAAGAAUGCUGGGGAUGAGAAGGCAGAGAAAGGCUACCAGCCUCCAGGUUCCCAGCAGCCAAGUGCAAGUGCAGUUGGAAAAGAGCAGCUUGUCUCCAAGGACCCUGCUUCUGCUAAACAGUCCCUGCUGUCCGCUCGCAAAUCCAAGUCUUCCCUUCUAGAUUCUGGAGUGCCCCCAUCUCCUGGUGGCAGGCAGUCUGCUGCAAAAUCCUCAAAACAGUUUUCUUCUAGCAUGCAAACCUCUGCACGGCCUUCUCAAAAACCUCAGUGAUGUUUCUGCAAUCCAAGUGUUUUAUCUGUAAAGAUGUUUAUUUAUUUAGAACCCCUUCCCUCCCACC